AUAUCUCUGUUCGGGUUUAUUCGCAAAGGCUGCUGGUAGUUGGCUGUCAUGGCGCUGAACCCAAACAGACAAGAUCAGCGUGCGUUCUGCUGAGUAACGAGACUGAAAAAACACUGCAGCAUGUCGGGGGGCAAUAAAGCCAUUGAGCUGCAGAUGCAGAUGCGUCAGAAUUCGGAGGAUCUCCAGAACUUCAUGAGGGAGCUUGAAACCUGGGAGGUCGACAUAAAAAAGAAAGAUGAAGAGCUUCGCACAGGAAGUGUAACAGAAUCACAGAAAACUCUUCCACCUGUGAGAAACAAAGAUUACAAGAAGAAACGACGCGUCAAAGGUAAAGUUCCUGACAAGAACAGCCAAGAAGAGCAGAAGCCAGUACAGAGAAUAAAAUCAUAUGAUUAUCAGUCAUGGGAAAAGUUUGAUGUGGAUAAAGCUCUUGAGACAGUGGACAAAGAAGAGAGCCCAGAAUCGAAUGACUCUGACUCGGAGGAGGUGCAGGUGGACAGAGACCUGGCAAUGAAAGAGAAGGAGAAAGGCAACCAGUUCUUUAAAGACGGAAAGUAUGACGAGGCCAUUGAAUGCUACACCAGAGGAAUGAGUGCUGACCCAUACAAUCCUGUUCUGCCGACAAACCGAGCAGCAUCUUUCUUCAGACUUAAAAAGUAUGCUGUUGCAGAGUCCGACUGUAACCUGGCUAUAGCGCUGGACAGCAAGUACAUUAAAGCCUAUGCCAGAAGAGGGGCUGCACGUUUUGCUCUUAAUAACCAUCAGGGUGCUUUAGAAGAUUACGAAAUGGUUUUGAAGUUGGACCCUGAAAACCUAGAUGCUCAGAAUGAGAUCAAGAAGCUAAACCAGGCUUUAGCUUCUCAAAAACAGACAGAAGAUAAGGUAGAGAAGACUUUGGUUGAAGUGCUGCCUGCUGAGGAAGCAAAGCCUAAACACAUAGAAGAGGAGCAGCAGAGAAGACAGGAGGCAGUGGUGCAGAAGGACCGGGGUAAUGCUUACUUCAAGGAGGGAAAGUAUGAGGCAGCUGUGGAGAGCUACACCAAAGGCAUGGAGGCAGAUGCCACAAAUGCUUUACUCGCUGCUAACAGAGCUAUGGCUUACCUCAAACUUGAAAGGUAUGCUGAAGCAGAAGAGGACUGCAGUAAGGCCAUUGCUCUGGACAGCACCUACUUAAAGGCUUUCGCCCGACGUGGCACAGCUAGAGCUGCUCUGGGCCAUCUUACUGAAGCCAAGGAAGAUUUCGAGCAGGUUCUGAGGCUUGAACCAGGAAACAAACAGGCAAUGAAUGAGCUGAAAAAACUGAAUAUGGAGAUGACUUCUAGUGGGCUACAGCCAGCAGAAGGAACUCAAAGAAGAACAGUUCAACCAGUCAAUAAACCAGAACAUCUCAGAUCUACGAAGCCAAUGAAAAGAAUGGAAAUCGAAGAAGUUGGAGGAGAGCUUACAGCCGUAAUGCAGCCUCAGAGAUCGACCGCUGCUGGAAACUCCUCAAAACCUGGACCAGUGCCAAGUGUGACUGCUUCUUUCUCAGAGAGAGUAAUGCAAGGUGAAGCUUCUCCACUCUCAUGUUCCCCCUCUGCCAAGAUACUAAAAAUCGAGCUGUCAGACACUCCGUCACAACCUCCAGCCAAAGAUUCUGAAGGAGAUUCCCUCAGAAAACAGACAGCACUGCACAAAGAUAAAAAAGCCAUGGAGCAAACCUCAUCCUUAUCCUCUACUUCAGUCCAAUCUGAGUCCAUUCCUCCACCCCCCACAAACGGCUUCCAGCUAGAAGCAGACUUGAGGAAGAUUGGUGAUCAUCUUGAAGUCAGCUACAGAUAUUUAAAGCAAAUUCACCCUGAAGCCUACGAGAAGAUUUUUCAAAACUCUCUGGAGCCUGACAUCCUUAAUAAGAUUUUGAAAGUACUUCAGUGCUUUUACAUCAAGAAUGAGGAGCCAUCAAUCAUACUGGCAGUCCUGAAAAGCUUGUCAAAAGUGAGAAGGUUUGAGAUGACUGUUAUGUUCAUGUCUUCUGCUGAAAAGAAAGUGAUACAGGAAUUAUUUGAGUGUAUUUCACACACUGGACUGGAGGAUGACUCAGUUCGGGCUCUAAAAAAGAAAUAUGAAGUAUAACCACUGUCUUCGGGAGAGAAAGAGGAAUACUGGGUUCACCUUUCUAUCACUGGUCAUUUCUCAAAACAUAAAAAGACAUCCUGUUCUCCUGCAACCUAAUAAUUCACCAUUGUUGUAUAAGACAUGAUUUUGUUUCUCUAAGUUGAGACUUGGAAAGUGCUAAAAGUUCCAAAUGAUGCAAUACCAGUUUGUUUAAUUUGUUUGACUAGAUAAACAUGUUUUAGAAGUAAUUAAAAUGACUGGGCAGUGUUUAAUAAUACAGAAUGUAUUGUACAUUAUGUGGACAAAAGUAUUGGGACAUCGGCUUGUUUAUUGUUUCUUCUGCUUUUAUUUUUAUUUAAAAAAAAAGAGUUGAAACCACCUGACCUCAUCUCCAACUCAUUAAAAGUAUUUAAUGGAGCACGAUCAUUUCAGAGAACACCAAACUACCACAUCUCAACAUAUCAAUGCUGGGAGUUUUGUACACCUCUAAUCCAUGCGGGCCAGUAAGCUUGGUGCAAGGAGGUUUGUGUUUUUCUGAUCCAGAGUGUCCUGUCUGUUGGAAAUACAUCUUUACAGGCGCUAGACAAGCUGUGGAUGUGCAAUUGCACAUCUGUGUCAAAAUGGUCCUCAUUCAUUCAAUGUAAUUUGAGUGAAUUUUGCAUGUGAUAAGGUAGUAAAAACCUGCUCCUGACCAAGUGUAAAGUGUGUGACACAAAGUAUAAUUUGCCUUGACUGCAAUUGAUUUAAGUCUAUGAGGCACUGUAGAGAUGCUUGUGCAGGUUUUGUUAUGAAAUAAAAUUUUGGGAGGAGGAA